UCUCGUCGACCUUGCAGCUCUGCAGUCUCCCCUGCACAUAUGAAGCCUUGGAGUAAAAGCUGCCAGCCCCUCAAUUUGAUUCACUUCCUGUAGUCAGACUCCUUCCCAAAAACAGGAGAGAGGGGGAAACUGGGAAAGGAGGAAAUCUUUCUGUUCUAAAUAAGGCUCACUGCGGAGCAGCAAGCAACUCCUCGCCUCUGCAUAGCUUCAUGACUUUUGUAGUUUGUGUCACUGGCAGUCAGCUCGUCGUGCACAGCAGCGUUUUAAAGGGAGAAAGCAUUUUGCGUUAAAAAACAAAACUGUGCGCCAGUUACACCCGAAUCCCUGCGUGGUACGGAUGGUACAAAUUUUGACGCCCAUCGCCGAAUCUUCUCCUGAUUGCACGCGCCGAAUUUGGAGACACUGUAUGCUGUGAGACUCCAGGGGUUCAUGUACUGGAAAAAUGAAGUUUUGUCCCCUCUUUCAGAGGGAAAUAAGAUUCUGUCCGAAGGAAUUCCCACGAAGCAGGUGAUCUCUACCGAGCAUCAGAGUACGCCGGGAGCCUCGCGCUGCAGUGUGGACUCUAAGCGCACGCCAAUGUCUCACUCGGACGGAGAAUCCCAGCGGUCGAACAUGGAGCGGGAGGACACUCGCUCGUCCCCCAGCACGCCGUCCACCCCCUCCGUGUGCUCGCCGACCUCCACCACCAGCUCGGUACCGUCCACCGGGAAGAACGUGUGCGCCAGCUGCGGUCAGGAGAUCCUGGACAGAUACUUGCUGAAGGUGAACAACCUGAUCUGGCACGUGCGCUGUCUGGAGUGCUCUGUCUGCAGGACUUCGCUACGUCAGCACAACAGCUGCUACAUUAAAAACAAAGAAAUCUUCUGUAAAAUGGAUUAUUUCAGUAGGUUUGGUACUAAGUGUGCCCGCUGUGGGCGGCAGAUAUAUGCCAGCGACUGGGUGCGCCGUGCGAGGGGAAACGCAUACCACUUGGCAUGUUUUGCGUGCUACUCGUGUAAGAGGCAGUUGUCUACGGGAGAGGAGUUUGGCUUGGUGGAGGAGAAGGUCCUGUGUCGGAUCCACUACGACACCAUGGUGGAGAACCUCAAACGAGCGGCUGAGAGUGGCAAUGGUAUCACAUUAGAGGGAGCAGUUCCAACAGAACAAGACAGUCAGCCGAAACCGGCCAAAAGGGCACGGACGUCCUUCACUGCAGAACAGCUACAGAUCAUGCAGGCGCAGUUUGCCCAGGACAACAAUCCAGAUGCCCAGACGCUACAGAAACUAGCUGAUAUGACAGGCCUAAGCAGGAGAGUGAUACAGGUGUGGUUUCAAAACUGCAGAGCAAGACACAAAAAGCACACGCCCCAGCACAGUGGGGCUCCCCAAGGUCAUCCCCAGUCCAGGAUACCCUCAUCUCUGCCCGAUGAGCUGCAUUACUCCCCCUUUGGCAGUCCUGAACGGGCACGCAUGGUGGCCCUUCACGGGUACAUUGACAGUCAUCCUUUCUCCGUGCUGACCUCUCAGAGUCUCCCUCACCAGGCCAUGUCGCUGCCCCAGCUCCCCCUCAGCCGCUAGCGCUCCACUAUGACCCUUAUAACCCCUAAACCUCCGGAUCCUAACCCUUGAUCUCCCAUCACUGGCGUCUGCAGACCUGACCCAGAGGUCAAGCAGGAGUCAGCUUGGAGAAAAGACACAUCUUUCAGGAGCCCUGCCCACUCGGAAACAGAAAAAGAAAUGGAAGAAAGAGGAAAAACUGAGACACAUCCAUCCUUGUGGGGUUUUUUUUCUUUCUGAGGACAGGAAUAUCCCACCUGCAGCCACGCUGUCAAAAAUGAGCAUGAAGCAUUUAUCAUUAGCAGGAACUCACUGACUGUAUUUUACACCAACUGAAGAACCCAUUUUGCUUCACAUGUACAGCAUCCUCCAUGCUACUCAUCCACCCUCUGACUUGAUGGUGGAGGGAGUUUUAAAGGGAGGACCAAGGAAGCCGGACUGAAGCCUCUUGAGUGCUGUCAGAAUACUGAAGAUAAACAAAAUGGGGAAAAUUUAAGGGGGACUGUCAUUGUGGCCCAUGGGCCAAGCACACACAGUAGACCACAGAGGUAAGACGACUCCUUCUUUUCUCUCUAAGCAACCAUGAAGGAAACCUAAAUCUAAAUGAAAUAUGUUGAUUUUCUUUAGCAAUGACAAAGUGACAUUUCAAAAACCCCAGAAAUUUCCCAGAUACUAUUUUGCUCAACUUUCCACUGAAAUGAGGUGUAGAUUUUUGUUAAAGAAUGAAAAUGUUGUGUGCCUUAUCUUUUCCAUUAUUAAAAGAAACUGCAGAUGUUUACAGCAGUGAAUCAGCUAAUUAAAAUGGUAGCCUGUAAUUCAUCAGUUAAUUAAAGAUUUGGACGUUUUUUUUUAUUGUGCAGAAAAAAUAGGAUGAAUUAAAAUUUUACGUUGGUGGAAAUCACAAAAUAUGUCCACAGACAGCAUCUUGACUGUUUAUCAUGAAGGAAAACCAUAAAGAAAUUGUAUCAUUAAAUUAUGGCUGUAACAUUAGAAGCAGGCGCUAACAGGAUUUAAACCGUCAUUUCUUUAAACUGACAGCUAAACAGGGGAAACUCCGAGAUUAGCAUAGUUGUCAAACUCCACAUUCCUACAAAAUCUGUCAUGUCAAAAUGACAUAUUUUCAUAUUUUCAAAUGCGUGUAUUGUCACUAAUUUCUAAGGUUGCUUGUUCAUCCUAUGCCUGUGUGUUUUUCACACAAAGAGGGAAAUGGAGUGUUGGUGUUUUGGUACAAUAUGGACAAUAUGAAACAGACUGGGGUUGUACAUGUGUGUAUUUCUGUGUGUGUGUGUGUGUGUGUGUGUGUGUGUGUGUGUGUAUUGGCAGGGGAAGAGAGUGUGCAUCUGUGUUUUAGUGCCAUGGCCAUUGUAUGAAGAACAGGAUCCAAGAAGACCUCAAUGUCCUUGUAUUUAUUGAGAUGGUAAAUCCCUGUAAAGCACUUUCCCCCCCCUCUGAAAUUGUUUUGUUUUGUCAAAAAACAUGAAAUGAAACAAAAAAGUUUAUUUGAUAGA